AUGAGUGUCGCCGACGAUGAGGAGGCGAUCUCCAUUCAGAUUUUCGUACCCGAGAUACAAGUUCGAAAGUGUCUCGGCGUGUCGAUCGACGAUUUUGUUUGGGACGUUAAGAGGAAACUUCUCGCCACAUUACCACAGGCUCUUCCCCAAGCUUUCAACUACGGUCUUUUCCUUCCGCCGUGUGAUGGUCGAGCAGGGAAAUUCCUUUUGGAAGAUCGACCAGUGAGAGAUUAUCCAUUUCACGAUUGUGUUCCGUAUUUGGAGCUGAAAUUCAAAAAGCGGGUCUACAAGAUGUUGAAUCUUGACGAGAAACAGUUGAAAGCGUUGCACACAAAGAGUAACUUGAAAAAGUUUAUGGACUAUGUGCAGAACAAAAACGCGGAGAAAGUCGAGAAAAUGUGUGCUCAGGGUCUUGACGCGAAUUUCCACGACUCAGCUGGCGAGACUCCGCUAACGUUAGCCGCUGGAGUUCCAGAUAAUCGAAACGUUCUGUUAGCCUUAGUUGGUGGUGGAGCGCAUAUCGAUUUCCGUAAUUCCGAGGGACAGACUGCCAUGCACAAAGCGGCUUUCCUUUCAUCGGUGGAAAAUGUGAAGACAUUGCUGGAGUUGGGCGCAAGUCCGAACUAUAGAGAUCCAAUCGGAUUGACGCCUUUGUACUACAAUAUGUUGACAACGGACAGCAAUGAUCUCGUUGGGGAAAUGUUAUUGAGUGAAGCCGCAGAUAUUGGAGUCACUGAUAUGCAUGGGAAUCAUGAGAUUCAUCAGGCCUGCAAAAACGGUCUCAUCAAACACGUCGAGCAUUUGCUUUACUAUGGCGCCGAUGUGGAUGCCGAGAAUGUGAAUGGGAAUUCGCCGCUUCACGUUUGUGCUGUGAAUAACAGACCCGAGUGUGCCCGUGUGCUUCUCUUUCGCGGUGCGAAUCACCUAUCCGCGAAUAAACAAGGCCAGACAGCGCUCCAUGUGGCGCAUAUCGUUGGAUCGAAUGCAGUUGCCGAUGUUGCUCAAGCACAUGAUCCAUCAAUGUCCGUACCAUAUCGAGGCGCUCCACAAUACUCGACUCGUCGCCGUGUCUCCAUUUCAACGCUGAGUCGGCGUCGCUCCCUCUCACAAUCCUCUCUUGCCAGUCAUGAUGUCUACCGAGCCUCUCCCUCAGUAAGAGCUGCAUCAAGUCGUGCACCCUCGGUCGCUCCCUCACCCACUCCAUCUCGAGCAACAAUUGUCCCAUCCGAGUAUGGGACGCUGAGGAGAUUCCCGGCAGAGCAUGUAUCUUCUGGAGCCGCUGGACAUGAAUGCAACGUACCGAGGAUACUCGUGAUUCCCCGUGGGCCGAAAGGAUUCGGAUUCAUUUUGCGAGGAGCGAAACACGUUGAUGCUGAAAUGGAUUUCCACCCGUCACCCAUACAACCGGGGCUGCAAUUUUUCGAGGGAGUUGACAUGAGUGGAAUGGCCAUGAAAGCUGGCCUUCGACCCGGCGAUUUCCUGCUACAAAUCGACGGGGUUGAUGUGCGGUGUGCAAGCCAUGAUCAAGUCGUUCAUCUCAUUCAACAAGCCGGUGACACGAUCACGUUAAAGGUGAUCACGGUGGAUCCAAGCCAACCGUUUCCCCAAACUGGCACCAUCGUUCAAAGAAGGCAUCAUUCAGGCGAAAUCCGCGAGGAGUACUACCAGCCGAGAACGGCCUCCGUUCGACAAAGGCCGUCAGCGUCGAGGAGGAUCUCAGCGGCUGAAUUGGAAACACUAAUGGUCAGACAGGGAUCACAUCCAACCAAUCCCCAUCUACCGCCACAUCCACAACAACAACAACAACUCCAACAUCAGUACUCGUUUGAUCAGGAAUCAUUGUGCGGUGAUCGGCAAACACCGAAAAAGUACACUUCGGUUGCGGAUAUGAAAAGGAGAAAGCAGAGGAUGGUAGACAGCCCACAGCCGGGACGGGUCGAUUAUCAAAUGAAUCCCGAGCCAAUCUAUGGAUCUCCCGCAAUGAAAUCCUAUGCCUCAUCGCCUGAUAUGAUGACCUAUGAUGAUCAUCCAUUCCCUCCGCCGCCACUCGAGACUGACUACCGUACUCCUCAAACUUCAUCUCAUCGCAACGAUCCAUCCGAUUAUUCACGUCCAUAUCGAGCCACUUCUCGCCCGAAAACUCCACCACCGCCACCGCCGCCAAAUCAGGGCACUCUCACCAACUCGACUCGAUCGUUCAAUCCGUACGCUCCGCCGGCACAAAUCUAUCAAGCUCCUCAACAAACAAAUUAUGGACACAUUUUGCAGAAUAAUAAUACAAUCUACGCGAGUCAAAAUGGAUAUGUGAAAAAUUCACAUUCACAACAACAUCCCGGAGCAUCGAUUCCACAUCUCGUUGCCAAUCAUCAACAAGCGCAGGGCAUGAGAGCCGGUCCAUCCUCCGUCUAUGCGCCAUCACAUCCUCUUCCCAAUUCAACUCCAUCAUCAUCCACUCCCGCUCCUCCUCCACCCCCUCCUCCACCAUUGCCUCAUUCAUCCGGUGUCGCCCCGCUUAGCUCAAAUGCUCCACCCCCUCCCCCGCCUCCACCGCCACCAGAUUUCAUGGCUCCAUCCAGCUCAAACACGAUUCAACGAAAUGCGACCCCGUUGUCAAAGGCUGGAAUCACUGCUGAUGCUUUGAAGGCUCAAGCAUUCAAAUUGCAAAAACAAGAGGUCACCGAGGCGAAACGGGAAGAGAAAAGAGCCGAAAAAAGUCCCGCACAACAAUCCGAUUUUCAGAUGGAUCUGAGGAAUGCACUGGCAAAACGGAGAAGUAAAGUUCAUGUCGACGAUGAAGAGGAAGAUCGACGAACGGACAGUGAUGGGAGUUCUCGUUUCGGGGGACUUUCAUUGAGGGAAUCGGUUAGAGAAAAUGUGACAACAAAGAAGCAAACACAGCAACAUUCACCGCCCGGCAUUGCACACAAAAAGGAUAGCGGCUAUACCUCAUCGCGAACCUCUCUUGAACCGUCAGAAGUCGAUGCUGGAGCAUAUUCAAAUAGUGAUCAUCAUGGUCACUAUCACGUGGAUCAAUCACCAUCAAGUGCGCAUAAGGUACAAUUGAUCAGUCAAUCGAUUGAAGACAACUAUGGUAAUCGACGCCCGCCAGAUACGAUGUCCGUCUCAUCUGGAAUGUCAACAGUUUCCGGGAGUUCUUCAACAAAUAAUGGAACAAUUGCUUAUCGUAAUGGUCAUCAACCGCCACAAGUACCGCCUGUUGAUUAUGAUGAUUCGGGAAAUGGGGACAGUUCGGAUAAUGAUGAAAUGAGAAAAGCGUCGAACGGCCGGCCGUUUUCUGCAAAGAGUGUAAAAGUGUGGACGAGUGACGAUGUGCAACAAUGGCUGAUAUCACUUGAGUUGAGCGAGUACAGCGGUGCAUUCACGAAGCGUCGCGUCGACGGGCGAGCGUUGUCGCAAAUGGAUCGCACGGCGUUCACCCAGUUGGGCGUCACGCGGAUCGCUCACCGCCAACGCAUCGAGCACUCGAUUCGACAAUUCGUGCAACAACACGAUGAA